AUGGCUCGAUUAAUUUUGGAGCAAGAUCCUCCUUCACAGUCCAUCCAUGCAGGUGUUGUCGGUUUGGUCAUGCUGAUCUUCAUAUUACUGCGAGUGACGACAACAAGGGGUUUUGCGGCUUUGAAGCCUGGAUUCAACACGAGGGCUAUUGUCACCUGGCUGUCAUGUUCCUCCCUCGCACUCCUGGUCCUCUACAACUCCAUCCUGGCCCGGACACUCUACACCGAGUCCAUGGCAGCCUACUACACCGGUCCCACAAUGGCCAACCGGAAAUCGAAUCCACUCACCUUCCCGCGGAACUUUACCUUUACCGAUAUGUCUGGUAACUCGACGUGGAAUGUCGACACUCAAGUUGUUCCAGAUGGUGAACAGUUCUAUCAUAUCCUGGCCAUGAAGCCCAGUGCCCUCUACAACGACGAGGAUCUGUACUACCAGAUGUGUUUGAGGAUCAUGCUUAAGGCGGCACAGGGGGGACUGUUGGCGAGUUUAUUGUUGUUGAACACUUAUUGGUGUAAGCACGUUGAGGCCCUGGUGGACGAGGGCGACUUUAUGUCGAAUGCGGAGAAGUACUUCUACUGGAUCCUGGCUGUCUUUGCCUUGAUCGUCCCUGUCACGACGCAGUCUGUCCUGACUCUGGGCUUUAACGACAUGAUGAGGGGGGGCAAUAUCUCGGACUUGCUUCUUCUCAUUGGUGGGACCGCCGUCUUGGUCUGCUAUGUCAUUACGUGCCGUCGACUCCGAGCCCUGGAACGCGAUUCAAGGAAUGUUUCCGGUGAAGAUACAUCGGUGACGCUCCAGCUCAGCUACUACAUCUACUGCAUCUACUGGCUGAUUGGCAGUAUGGUCUUCAUCUUUGCCAUCGGGGUGUUGUACCGCUUCGACAUUGACAUCCUCAAAGCCCAGUGCAACCCUGUCAAAGCUCAGAUCAUCAGCGACCUCGAAGGCGCAACCUGGAACACGGUCCUCAUCAUGGUCUACCCGGCCGCCAUGUUCCUGUUAUACCCCUCUGUCGAUGUCCUGACCAAGCCUGCUAACGACCCUGCGCCACAUUUCCAGAAACGUGUCCGGAGGGUUGUCAAGGACGCCCAGCGGUUCCGGGAGAGCCUUUAUAUUGAUGGUGGGGGCGAUUCUGGUAGUGGGAGUGGGUUCAAUGGUAUCUCGCGGCAGCAGUCGAGUCAUCACGGAUUGACUACUCAUUCUGGACUUGCCCUGCAACAUAUUGCCGACAAUGGACAAGGACAUAACGACCCGACGCAGCAACAGCAGCAGCAAGCCCAGCAACGAUACAGUUAUAUUGAGCCCAAGCGGAGAGAUCGGAUGGAUUCGUUGACGGCAAUGGCGAGUGAGAUGCACAUGAUUGAGCAGGUCAACAACGGGCAUUCGCCUACUGGCAGCCAUGGCAGGAACCCAUCCACGCAUUCCAGCUCUCAUGAACCCAGCCCAGAUGGUUCCAAGCAAGGAUCGUGGAGUGGUGGUGCUCAAACUACUGCUGCUGCUGACCAAGAUAUCGAGAGAGGCACCGCGAACAGGGCAAAAGCCGACAACAGCAACUUGGCGGUCGGUCUGUCGAGGCGGGAUUCUGGCAGUCCUAGCAACUACUAUGAGGAUAGCAGAGACGUCGAGACGAUGAAGAAGUGGCUUGCUCAAAAUGGAGAAUUGGAUCGGGAUAGCGUUAUUGCGGGACUCGAACAAACCAUUCAUCCGGACCAGCAACGGUCAUUGAACUAUGCUGCCUUCCCCGCAGCACCGGCAACACCUCCCAACUUCACCACCACCGCUGCGUCUCCUGAGAUUGCCUCGGCCAACCCUCGUCGACCCAGUGGAGAACACUACGCCAUGACUUCAACAUCUACCUCGAGCAACAACAAUGCAACAUCGGCAGCAAAGACGACAACGACUGCAGGACCUUCUGGAAAACCCUCGGCUGCACCCCUAGCAGGCAUUCUCAAGACCCGGAACAGCACCAGUAGCACUCGAUCCAGCUUUGGACAGAACCCGUUUGAACAACAACAUGCGACAGCAGCAGCCAACACAGGCAUGGGAAUAACACCCGUCUACGGAGUCCGUACCAGCUCUGUCCAUCCACAGAACCAAACUGGAGCAGGAUCGAGGAAGAGUACCGAGAAUCUUCCUGUCAAGCGACGAAUCUCCAACUCUAGCGCCUCAAAGUCUAACACGACUAUGACAGGACCUUCCCCAACCAUGAUGUCCGAGUCGUCGUCGACGCCCUCUCCUUCGCCAUCAUCCUCUCAGCAGCGGAGAUCCAACGUCACGACGCGUAUGGAUGCAGGAGCCCUUGCCAUCGCUGCACACCAACACCAACAGCAGCAGCAACAGCAAAAGGGACGGAGUUCGAGAGAUGGGAUGGAUAUUGAUUAUUUCGGACUGAGAAAGGCGUCCUUUGAUGUUCAUGCGACUGCGACUACACCACCGCCAUUACCGUACGAACCUCAGGGCCAGAAUGUGCCGCCGUUGGAUAUGAUCAUGUCGCCGACGAUGACAGGGUUCUUGAUGGCUGAUCCGUAUCCCUCAGCGGGGACACGGUACCUCGACGGUGAGGAACAGGAUUUCUCACUGUCGGAUUAUCAGGAUGACGUCAACGCUAACCUCGAGGAAUCAUUGCAACAACUGGGGCGGAGGUCAUCAGGAUCCAACGCUGGCAGCGGCAGCAGUACGCCUAGUUCAAAACGGUACAGGGCGCCACCACCACCAAUCCCUACAGAUGUUGCCAACGCAUAUCGCAGGACUGACGUUGGUAGUACAGGGUACGCUGAUGCACCUCAGGUGCCAGUGACGCCAACAACGCCUGUAACACCUCCGGGAGUGCGGCCAAGGCGAUCGAUCGACAAUGUGAUGGAUAGACAGUUCUUGGAGAUGGCCAAGUUGAUGUAUGAGGACCAUGUGGUGCCGGAUCAUAUCCUGAAGAGCGCUAUCAGCAACAGCUCGGUCUCCUCGCCUGCUGCUGCCACACUUCAGCCACCCGUCUCUGCUGCUGACGAUAGCAGUAGCAGCACCGCCACCACUAAGACGACAACUGCACCUCCCACAACGCCGUCAGCAAUAGUAACAGCCCUGUCGCCCCCGCCUUCAUCACCGCCGCCACUGCAUUCCUCGGCGUCUUCGCCCACCUCCUACAGCCCAUUCUCGAUGAGCGCAAGCAGGACACAUCCACCGCCAACCUCUCCUCUUCCACCACGACCUCGUCACGAAGACCACCCCACGCCGCUCUUUUCUCCACCACCACCCCCUCCACAGCAGCAACAGCAACAGCAACCGAUGACAACGACAAGAACGCCAUUGUCGCCUCAGGUUGCCUUUUCUGCUACUGCUGUCCCAGCUCGACAUGAGCCUCAACCCAUGCACCUCCCAGAACUCCCACAACGUAUACCCAUCACGCCGUCCCCUCCCAACCAACAGCAGCAGCAGCAGCAGCAGGGGCGUGUGAUGACCAUGACUCCACCUGCAAAAUCCCCCUACCGCGUUCGGGAAUCCUUUGAGACACGAAUGGCCGCCCACUCCAACCCUCACACUUACAACAACCCCCACAAUCCUACCCCUUCCACAACCUCAACCGCAACCAGCACCGCAACAUCCUCAGUAACCGGACGCGACGGUAACGGCGGUGGACGAGAAGGUGCAGGAAGAGAAGGGGGAGGGAUCCAAGGCCCCUCAGCCCCCUCAUCUCCAACAUCUGCACCUUCAAUCGCAUCGACCACAUCACCGACGAUCCUGUCGGCCACGACGUUACCGAGACCAUUGACACCUGCGUGGUACGAAACCAAGACAAGUUUUGCGUCGACCAAUGAUGUCUUGAACCAUUAUAAUGCUGUUACGAGGGGUGGGAGUUAUCAUCAAAAGCAGCAGCAGCAGCAGCAGCAGCUGAUAGUUGCGGAGGAGAGGCAGAGGUUGCAGAAGCAACAGCAGCAACAGCAACAGCAGCAGAGUCAGUUCCAGGUUGCUCCUCAGCAGCAGCAGCAGCCGUAUUAUUUACAACCUUCUGUGGGACCGUUAGAUGAAGUGCCCCCACCAUCAAACCACCACGCGUAUUACCAGCAGCAGCAACAGCAGUCGCCAGAACAAAAGCAGCAGCAACCGGGCGCGUUCUAUCCCGAGUCCACACCUGCAGUCGCCACUCCCUCGCGUCCCCAAAGCAAGCCCUCAAAUGCAAGCCUCCGCCCAUCCUCUGCCUCUCCAGCAGGACAGCAUCAACAGCCGCGGACGCCAUCCCUGGAACCCCGUCAAGGAUCAACCGACAGUUUUGGAGUCUUCCGUCGACGCUCCUCAUCCGCCCAUCAGCAUCAGCAACAGCAUAAUCAACAACAGUACUAUCGUCGGUCAAAGGAUGAGCUCGACUUACCCAUCGCAUCCGCCCACCAACUCCAUCACGUAGGAGACCCCAGCCUCUACCCGAUCCCAACCCAACAACAGGGUCAAUUGCAGCUAGACAGGCAUUCUUUUAUCAUGCCUUCAGAAUCCAUCUCGAUGUACAGCACCUGGACAGGAGACCUUUCCGACGUGACCAACACCUCGGGCGAGGUCUCUGUGGGAGCCUUCCUGGACCGGAAACAUGCUUCGACUAUGAUGUAUAAUCGUCGCAAGUCUGGCGAGAAGCUCGCCGGAUCAGGAUCUCAUCUGUCGACGUCGAGUGUUGGAACCAUCCACCAGGCCCUCCACGGCAGCGGCAGCGGCACCGGUACCGGUAGUGGAAGCGGCGCAGGAGGUAGUGGUCAUGGAAGCGGAGGGGAAGAGAUGAGGAAGAGCCAGUACUCGUUAGGAUCGUUUGGGUCCCGGGCAAGUGCGGGCGCGUAUUCGAAUUACUCGAAUCAUUCUUCGGGCUCUGGAGGGGCGACGGUGUCGGGUCCGUUGUCGGAGGCCUUUGGGUCCGGGCCUGUGGUUGUGAGUGCUUCGUUGUCGUCUGUUGGACAGCCCUCUGGUAGUAGUGUACCUGGUGGUCCUGGAGCGAGUGGUAUGGCCGCAGGUGCGGCGAUGACUGAGAAACAGCAGCAGUUUUGA